ACUAGGCCUAAAUCUCCAAGCAACGGCUUCAGCGUAACUCCCAGCAACAUGAAGUUGAACAUUGCCUACCCCGCCACUGGCGCCCAGAAGAUGGUCGAAAUCGACGAUGAGCGUCGCCUCCGUAUCUUCUACGACAAGCGCAUCUCCACCGAUGUCGCCGUUGAUGCUCUCGGAGAUGAGUUCAAGGGAUACGUCAUGAAGAUCGCCGGUGGCAACGACAAGCAGGGCUUCCCCAUGAAGCAGGGUGUCCUCGUCAACCACCGUGUCCGCCUCCUGCUCGCCAAGGGCCACUCUUGCUACCGCCCCCGCCGCACUGGCGAGCGCAAGAGAAAGUCCGUCCGUGGCUGCAUUGUGGGUCCCGACAUGUCCGCCCUCUCCCUCAUCGUCGUCAAGCAGGGUGAGAACGAUAUCCCCGGCCUCACCGACAAGCAGGUCCCCAAGCGCCUUGGCCCCAAGCGUGCCUCCAAGAUCCGCAAGAUGUUUAACCUCACCAAGGACGACGAUGUCCGCAAGUACGUCAUCCGCCGUGAGGUUCCUUCCAAGAAGGAGGGCAAGCCCGCCACCUCCAAGGCCCCCAAGAUCCAGCGUCUUGUCACCCCCGUCACCCUCCAGCGCAAGCGCAGCCGCGUUGCUGCCAAGAAGAGACAGGCUGAGGCCGUUAAGGAGCAGGCUGCUGACUACGCCAAGAUCCUCGCUCAGCGCAUCAAGGAGAAGAAGGAGAAGCGCCACGAGGCUCACCUGAAGAGACGUCUCUCUUCCAUGCGCAACUCUGCUUCUGCUUAAGCGCCACGAGUCUGGAUUCUUUCGGUCAAUAAAUCAUUGGGAGUUAUUCCUGGCUGUAUGGUGGGGCAUACAAUACACUGCACUACAUCUGUA